UGGGUUUCUUUAGAUACCAAAUUCGAUACACAUCUUCUCUGUUUUCUUUCAUAUUUUAUUGUUUCUUAAUCUCUUUCUCACUCGAUUAACUUCUUCAGUCUUUCUUUUUUUCUUUUUUUCUUUUUUUUUUCCAGAUCGCGUUCUGUUUCUGUUCUACAGAUUUUUGUUUUCCACUGCAAAAAUUGAUCCCAAAUUCAUCCGGAAUUGAUCUGAAAUCGAAGAAUUACAGAUCUGGGUUUUGACGAAUUGAGCUGAUUCUUCAUGGCUUCCCCUGGGAAUCCAAACCCAAAUCCAACAAACCCACCAUUUGAUGUUCAGAAAUUCUUUAAACCCACCAUUUCAAACCCUACGCCGACCUCCCAAAACCCUACCCUCAUGAAUUCACCUCCAUUUCCGCCUCCUUCUUCCUCUUACCCUCCUCCCACUGGUCCUUUCUCUUACCCACUUCAGAACGCCCCAUUUCAUCAUCCUUAUCAUCCUCCUCAUCAUCCCAAUCAAGUUCCGUACUCUCAAGACCAAUUCUCUAACCUUCAUCAUCAGCGCUCUCUUUCUUACCCUACUCCACCGCUUCAGCCUUCUCCUCCUCCGGUCAAUAUGGUUGUCCCUCAGAACAAUCCGGCUCAGAGCUCUGGUGCUCGGAUAAUGGCGAUGAUUAGAGCCCCUGGUUCUAAUCUUGAACAACUCCCCCAGCCCCCUGCUCCAUUGGGUUCGAUGCCGUCUCCUUCUUCGGGUGUUCCUGAAUCUUCAGCGCCUCCUAAUGUUCCCAUCAUGACUACUAUUCCCAUGAUGCAGGGGGUCAAUCCUGGCAUUUCGCCUACUGGGCCGGUUCGAAUGCCGAGCAGUAAGCUUCCGAAAGGGCGGCAUUUGAUCGGUGAUCAUGUGGUGUAUGAUGUGAAUGUUAGGUUGCAAGGAGAGAUCCAGCCACAGCUCGAAGUGACGCCCAUUACCAAAUAUGGUUCAGAUCCUCAGCUUGUGUUGGGACGUCAAAUUGCGGUCAACAAGACAUAUAUAUGCUAUGGAUUGAAACAAGGGAACAUUCGAGUUCUUAAUAUCAAUACCGCUCUAAGAUCUUUGUUUCGUGGCCAUGAAAAGAGGGUCACUGACAUGGCAUUCUUCGCCGAAGAUGUUCACCUUUUGGCUAGUGUUGAUGUAGGUGGACGAGUUUAUGUUUGGAAGAUAUCAGAGGGCCCUGAUGAAGAAACUAAGCCACAAAUCACUGGGAAAGUUGUUAUCUCCCUUCAUAUGGAAGGAGGGGAAGGGGAAAUUGUGCAUCCACGAGUUUGCUGGCAUUGUCACAAACAGGAAGUUUUGGUAGUUGGAUUUGGGAAGGCUGUUCUCAGAAUUGACACAACCAAAGUUGGGAAGGGUGAAAGCUUUUCUGCUGAAGCUCCUCUCAAAUUUUCUCUUGAUAAGCUGAUUGAUGGUGUCCAGCUUGUUGGGAAGCAUGAUGGAGAAGUGACCGAAUUGUCCAUGUGCCAGUGGAUGACUUCUCGUUUGGUUUCUGCUUCUAUGGAUGGAACGAUCAAAAUUUGGGAAGAUCGCAAGGCAUCACCUUUGCUGGUUUUGAGACCACAUGAUGGCCAACCAGUUAAUGCGGCCACUUUUUUGACUGCUCCUAAUCGACCAGAUCACAUCAUACUCAUAACAGCUGGGCCUCUGAAUCGGGAAGUGAAAAUAUGGUCAUCUGCAAGUGAGGAAGGUUGGCUGCUACCUAGUGAUGCUGAAUCAUGGAAAUGCACCCAGACCCUGGAAUUGAAGAGUUCAGCUGAAAGUCAAGUUGAAGAGGCUUUCUUUAAUCAAAUUGUAGCAUUGUCUCAAGCUGGCCUUCUUUUGCUUGCUAAUGCUAAGAAGAAUGCUAUAUAUGCAAUUCACUUGGAUUAUGGUCUUAAUCCAGCCUCGACACGGAUGGAUUACAUAGCAGAGUUUACUGUUACGAUGCCCAUUUUAAGUUUUACUGGAACAAGUGAAAUAUUAGACCGUCUAACACAUAUUGUCCAGGUUUAUUGUGUACAAACACAAGCCAUACAACAGUAUGCUUUAGACUUAUCUCAGUGCUUGCCCCCACCAUUGGACAAUGUGGGAUUAGAGAAGGCAGAUUCUAAUGUUUCACAGGAUUCUGCUGGUGUUGAAGGACUGGCUGCAUUGUUUCCUUCUGGAAGCAAACCAACUGACAUACCCUUCACUAGUUCUACACCCAGGGGUUCGCUGCUAGUCAAUGGCUCUGACAGUGCUAGUGCAGAAAGAUAUCCUGCCAGCACCAUGUCUCAAGAUGCAGCAUCCGUUGCUAAUACAGAAUCUAAACCUGCUACUCUGUCACCUGUAGCUAGUAACACGGACAUUGUCUCUCCUGCGUCACCUCCUCUUCCUUUGAGCCCGCGCUUAUCUAGAAAUCUGUCUGGUUUUAGAAGUCCAGUGGUUGCAUUUGAUCCCAUUACUGCAGUUAGUGAUCAUGCUGCUGAGCGACGUGGUAAUGACUAUCCAGUCAACCGACAAAUGGAUGCCAUUCACCCAAAUUUGUCUGAAGUGUCUUCCUUGGAUGAUGAGUCCAGAAACAGUGAGGAGAAAAUUUCACGGGAAGAUCUGUCUAAUGUCCUUAAUCCUCCUAUAGUGUUUAAGCAUCCUACUCAUCUUAUUACCCCCUCUGAGAUAUUGAUGGCUGUUUCUUCCUCUGACACAACUAAUAUCAUUGAAGGUAAGAGUGAGGGGGAGACAAAUAUCCAGGAUUUAGUGGUUAACAAUGAUGUUGAAGAUACGGAGCUAGAGGUUAAAGAGGUAGGUGAAAUGAAGUCUCCUCAGAACGGUGAAUAUGGUAGUAGAGGUGAGCCUCAAAACCUCUCUCUCGAGAACAAGGAAAAAUAUUUCUGCUCACAAGCUUCAGAUCUUGGUAUGGAAGUGGCCCGAGAGUGUAGUGCACUAUCAUCUGAAACUUAUGUCAUUGAGGAAGCCCCGCAAGUUGAUGCUACUAAUAUAAUGGACUCAGAGGUAGAUUCCCAAGCUGGUGAGGGAGAUAGAACGUUGGCCAAAGAUGUGUCUGAAAAGGUUUCUGAAUCAUCUAUAUCAACCACUCCGCAAAUUCCAACACCUAGUACAAAGGGGAAGAAGAACAAGGGGAAAAAUUCUCAACUGUCAGGCUUGGUUUCCCCAUCUCCAAGUGCUUUCAAUUCCAAUGAAUCUUCCACUGAACCUUGCGGUAGUUCAAGUCUUCCCCCACCUGAAGCAGCUUUUCCUCCUUUACUAGCCAUCCAGGAUACGUUAAAUCAGAUAAUGAGCACUCAGAAAGAAAUGCAAAAGCAGAUGCAGAUGACAUUUGCAGUUCCAGUCACUAAAGAAGGUAAAAGGCUGGAGGCAGCUCUUGGACGAAGCAUGGAGAAGGCCUUGAAAGCGAAUAAUGAUGCAUUAUGGGCUCGGAUUCAGGAAGAAAGUGCUAAAAAUGAGAAAUUGUUGCGAGAAACUACACAAAAAAUAACUAGUUUAGUUGCAAACUUUGUGAACAAGGACUUGCCUGUCUUUUUAGAGAAAGCUCUGAAGAAGGAAAUGUCUGCCAUUGGACCUGCUGUGGUUCGCACAAUUACACCAGCUAUUGAGAAAACAAUUUCUUCUACCAUCGCAGAUUCUUUCCAGAGAGGAGUAGGUGAUAAGGCAGUAAAUCAAUUAGAGAAAUCUGUUAACUCAAAGCUUGAAGCUACUGUUGCUAGGCAAAUCCAAGCGCAGUUUCAAACCUCUGGGAAGCAAGCUCUGCAGGAUGCAUUAAAAUCUAGUUUUGAAGCAUCAUUAAUUCCUGCCUUUGAAAUGUCGUGCAAAACCAUGUUUGAGCAAGUAGAUUCUACCUUUCAGAAAGGACUGGUUGAACAUUCAGCUGCAGCACAGCAGCACUUCGACUCUUCACAUUCUCCAUUGGCACUUGCUUUGAGGGAUGCUAUAAAUUCAGCAUCAACAAUUGCACAGUCCUUGAGUGGUGAAUUGGCUGAAGGCCAAAGAAAACUGAUAGCCCUUGCAACUGCAGGAGCAAAUGGUAGUUCGAUAAAUCCUUUAGUUACCCAACUAAGCAACGGACCAUUGGGUGCUCUCCAUGAGAAGGUUGAGGUUCCUCUGGAUCCUACCAAAGAACUGUCAAGAUUGUUAUCUGAAAGGAAAUAUGAGGAAGCUUUCACUGCUGCUUUACAGAGAAGUGAUGUGAACAUUGUCUCUUGGUUAUGUUCUCAGGUUGAUCUUAGAGCCGUUCUGGCAAAUCCCCUUGCUUUGAGUCAAGGAGUACUGCUGUCCCUUUUGCAACAAUUAGCAUGUGAUAUCAACAAGGAUAGAUCCCGAAAAAUUGCAUGGAUGACUGAAGUGGCUGCUGCUGUUAAUCCCACCGACCCGAUGAUAGCGAUGCACAUACGACCCAUCUUCGAACAGGUGUAUCAGAUUUUGAACCAUCAACGGACCUUGCCAACUGUUUCUCCAGUCGAGCUCACUGGCAUUCGUAUAAUCAUGCAUCUUGUCAACUCCAUGAUGGUAACUUGUAAAUGAUUCUUCCCUCUUUCGUAUGUAAUUUUGUUCUGGCUUUUCAACACCCUAAUGUGCAGAUAUAGAGCAUGGAGCAUAGAUACACAUCUUCCUCUUUCAUGUUUAUUUCUGUAAAAGGCACCAAAACCGUGUAGAUCCGUUGUUGUCGAAUCUGUGAAAUAGGCGUAGCAUAGGCUCGCUCUCAUUUCUUUUCUUUUCCUUUUCCUUUCCCUUUUUAUGGGUGAUUUUUGUUGUCAUUUGUGCUAGAGAUCUGCCAGAUUAAAACC